CGGUAAAAUAUUUACUAGAUCCGAAAUACCUGUGUCUGGUUAUAGGUUGGAAAUUACAGCUGAUUUCAUUUAAUAUUGUGAAAGUAAAAGCUGAAAUAUGUCAAGCCUUUUGACAGCUUUCCGUAUUUCUCAAAUGAGGAAAGCUGAAAUUAAAAGAAAGGAGAAAGCGGCUGAAAAAAAGAGGAUGAAAGUGCAACGACGUGAAAGGAAAGAACAACAACAAGCAAGAUUAUUCGAAGAAUCACAAAUAGACAAUAACAAUCCCAUAUCUAAUCCAGUGGAUAUACCGGAAGCACAAUACCUGCCACCUGACCAAGAUGGAGAACCAGCUACAAAAAUCUGGACUUUCCUCCUCGACGAAGAACCAUAUAGCAUCGUAUUCUAUAAAGAUACGCUUGAUGUCUACCUUAAUGGUGAGGAAAUGGAUUGCUUGAACAACUUUCCAGACGAUGAUCACAGCGAUGCUACUGUUGAUUUUUGUGUUGGAGCCCACAAAGCUAGGAUUUCUCUACAGAGUGCCGGUUGUAGUAACGCUACAAUAAACCAGAUGCUCACAAUUGACGGUAUACCGGUCCCGGAAUAGAAAUGAAUCAUCCGGAAUGAAAUGGCCAGCUGUAAUAUACACAGAUACUUUUUUUUUAUUUUACAUAUGACACGAAUUUUCUCUAAAUUCAGACAUUUUUUUUGACAGAAAUUAUGAAAAGAGAGCUAUUUUUAUCUUUUUAUUAACCUGAAAAUAAUGUCUUCAGAUUUAAAAUGUGAUAUUCAAUUUAUACUGUGAUAAUUACGUAUCAGCAUAUAUUGCUAUCUACAUUAUACUUAUCCUAAUAUCAAACAUAAGGAUUUUUUUUUUCAAAAUUAAAAUAGUUUUAUUGUGUAAUUUGAGAAAAGAAAUGAAGACCUUUUCUGCUCAUGAAAACAGAAGAAUAAUGACACAUUUUAUUAUUUGACUUGUGCUUUUGAAGUACAGAAAUUUGUAUUCAAUAUCUGAGGCAAGUAAUACUCAGGAAGAUUCUUUUUUUUCUGGAGAGACUAGAGAGGCAAGUUAUGAUACUAACGUAUGAAUGACUGUAUUUUUCAUAUUUAUGUCCAUUUUAUCUAUCAAUGCACUUGUUAUGGUUACAAAGAUCCCGUCCAAUAUCGAAUGAUUUUCCAACGCAAAUGGUAUUGUCCCUAUUUUUUGGGGUAAUACAACCGUUUUGCCUUUAUUUUUUACAAAUGUUCAAUUCCAUAUAGGCAAGGGCAUUUCAGUUACUAGUAGAUAAAGUUGCCUAAAUCAAACUGCACCAUGCAAGAAAUGAUCAUAAAAAUUAAAAUAUUUAUGAAAAAGGGCUAACACAAAUCAUAUUUAUUGCAGUAAAUUUUCUGGACGAUGCCCAAUUAGGAAAAUUUUCAGUCAACUAUAGAGCUGUAGAAAUUUUACUACUUUUUUUUUUAGGAAAUACAAACAAUCAAAUGGCUGAUGCAUCAUACAGUAACGGCUAAUUCGAAAUAAGUAACAUUUACAAAAACAAGUAUCGAAAUUUUGGAUAAAACAUUCAAUACAUCGUUUAAAUGAUUAAGAUUUCCUUCGAUUUUCAUCAGGACCCUUGAAAAAAAAAUACACGACAUUAAGUUUGAAGUAUUUUUGCUUUAUUUUCCACCGGAACAAUACCAUGGCUUUGGAACAUUUUUCGGUAUAAGUUAUCCUCGAUCAUAACAUAGUAUAUAUUUACAAUAGGGUUUUGUAUUUAUAUGACUUUAAGAUAUCUUUUUAGAAAUUGCCUGUUAUUAUAUUGUUAUGUUUAUAUAUCAUGUUAUAGCAAAAAACAUAUAUGUGAUUUAAUUUGUCGUAUGUAAUGUUGUCCAAAUGUGUGUUAUUGUAGAAAUUCAAAGUAUUUUUUAAAAACCGUCUUUAUUUUUUAUUAUUGUUUCAACUGCUGUUUUUUUUUGUGAUGACGCUAAUGUCUGAUGUGCUGAUUGUGUUUUAUAAUAUUAAGAGAUAUGUUAAAUUUCUAGUUUUAUUGUUAGAUAAUGCUUAUAUAUUUUAAAUGAUUCUACUUUUUUUUUUAAACAAAAUGUCUAUAGAUAACUUUACAUUUUAUUUUUGUUUAAUGUUAAUUUAGUUUUUAUUCAUGUGAUAAUGAUAUAUAAAUAAUGCCAACUGUCCUCAACGUUAGAUUGUUUGCAGUGAAAAUUAGUAUUUGUCCAUCAAAAUGCCCAUUUGGUAAUUCUUCACUAAAAUAAGAAACUAUAUAUUGAAAAUUAAAAGAAAAUUUGUUAUUUAAUGAAAGCCUAUUUAAAUUAAUGUGAUACCAAUAUAAUAUGUCUUUAACUUUUUUUUGGGAAAAUUAGAAAUGUGUGAUUGGCAAAUUCAAAAAAAAUAUUCACAAGCGUCAAUUUUCGAUCAGAUUGUUAAAAAAAUAACCAAAGUUUGUAUGUGCAUGUUUGAGGAUUUUUUUAUAGCUGAUAUCGGGAUUUUUGUUUUGUGUCUGUAGAAUUUUUAACGUUUAUAAGUUAUUUGAAUAAAACUAACACCACCUGAAAAUUUUACCAUUAAUAUGCAGAAGUUUUUCAACGUUCAUAAAUAGUAUUUCGAAAUCAUCUUCGGCUGUCGUCUGCCCUUUGAUCUAGUUGUUCUCUCUUUGACACACUCCCCAUUUCCAUUCUAAAUUUCAUUGAACAACAUUUUUUUAAAAGAUCUAUUUAAUAGACCUGCAUGUUUGUUUAUAAAUACAAUUGAAAGAAAAAGACCCACGUAUAUAUUGAAAAAUUAUACCCCUUUGCAAGGCCUCAAUCUGACAUAGAUACCCGCCCAUUUCCACCUUAAUUGUGUUAAAGGUUAAUGCAGCCAUAUGCAAACAAACAUAAUCCAUUUCACAGUAAAAUGGAAUAAAAAAGAAUUGAUCAAAAUAUUGUAAUAAUCAAUUGAUACAUUUUAAAAGUUUCAUUAGUUUGUAAAGACUUAUUAUAAUUUUAAUUGCACAGAUAAAAAUGUACCAUUGUCAACAUUUUGAAAACGGAACCACAUAAACUGGGUCUGUGGUCAAUGAUUAUGGAUCUUUCUUGUUUAUUAUAUACGUUUCUUGUUGAAACUUAUCGUCUCUUAUGGAUUUUGUGAACUUUGUUAAAUUUCAUAUUUAUAUUUGCUGAACGUUUACGAAAGGCGUUAUUAUGUAGCGCAUUGAUACUGCAUAUAUAUGUUAUGUUAGUAAAUAUAUGUAACAAAAAGUAUUGACAAUUUAGAUAUUAAAAUGCUCUUUGUUAAAUUG